AAAUAAAGUUGCAUCUAAAUAUUCAGAACCAACAGAUGAAAGUAAAGUCUGUGUGAUCAUGACGGUAAAUCUUCAUAUUUAGAGUACGCAUAUUUAAAUAGACACAUCUAAAUAUUAAAAUUAACUUUAGUUAUGUACAUUUGGAGCAAAGUGUUGACAUUUGAAUAUUUAAUGAAAGGACCCUACCAAAAUAAAAGUGGGGUGAAGUGAUAACGUCCAUAAGUCAUGUGCUGGCAGAGCCAGACCAUAAUAACCAGAGAUCUGAUGGACUCGCAUCAUGGUGAACGGACGGGAUCUCUGCCUUGGUAAGCUGCUUCCAUUCAGCAGUCUGGCUAGUUGUUUCGUUUCAGGCGGAAACCGAUUUAUUCUCAUCAACAUUUAGGUGUAAUUAAGUGUUUAUAGACACUUAGAUUUGAUGCGUAAACAUGUAAUAACGUCUUAAGAAAAUGUGGUAAAAAUUCACUUUAGCUUUAUUAAAUGUUGCCAAAUAGCUGAUGAUCGUGUUUAUACUGAGCCCUCGUGUCAGGACCAGGAGAAACAGGUGCUUGUGCGGAUCAUGAGGAUGGUGCUGAGGCUGCGCUCUCCGGAAUCUGAGGACCAAUCAGAGCGCGUGCCAGACUUCAUCUGUGGCUGUAACACCUCCUGGGCUCUAGUCUCUGAGCUCAACGUGUUUCUUGCGGGUCCCGAGGACGGGAUGGUUGUGGACUCGGAGCAUCACCCCUGCGGACCGCAGGUCUCCCCUCUGCAGCUCUUCUAGACGCCAUGCCGCGCUGCUGCAGCCUGCCGCUGCUCCUGCUCCUCUUGGCGCUGUGUGCGGACUGCCGCAGACACCGGAGCCGGAAGAGGCGCUGGUCUGCUCCUGCGGACACCUACAGGUCUGGCACGGCCCUGGCUGAUGCAGCUGACACCGUGGUUCUGGUGGGGUCUGAGCCUGGAAUGGUGAACGGGCUUCUGUCAAAGAAGGUUAUGGAUGGCACCAAAAACCAAAAGCUGAAGACCAGCCACCUCCUACGCAUCGACGAGCAUGACUUCACCAUGAGGCCAGCCUUCGCAGGUCCUGCUGUUCCUGUAGGCGUGGAUGUCCAGGUGGAGAGCUUGGACAGCAUAUCUGAAGUAGACAUGGACUUCACCAUGACUCUGUAUCUGAGACACUACUGGAAGGACGAGCGGCUGGCCUUCCCCAGCUCCACCAACAAGAGCAUGACGUUCGACGGGCGCCUGGUGAAGAAAAUAUGGGUCCCUGACGUGUUCUUCGUCCAUUCCAAAAGGUCCUUCAUCCAUGACACCACCACUGACAACAUCAUGCUGAGGGUCUUCCCAGACGGACACGUUUUGUACAGCCUGAGGGUCACGGUUACUGCUGCCUGCAACAUGGACUUCAGCCGCUUCCCUCUGGACUCACAGACAUGCACACUGGAGCUGGAGAGCUACGCUUACACUGACGAGGACCUGAUGCUGUACUGGAAAAGCGGUGAUGAGUCUCUGAGCACAGACGACAGGAUCUCUCUGUCUCAGUUCCUCAUUCAGAAGUUCCACACCACCUCCAGGCUGGCUUUCUACAGCAGCACAGGCUGGUACAACCGUUUGUACAUCAACUUCACUCUGAGACGUCACAUCUUCUUCUUCCUGCUGCAGACCUACUUCCCCGCCACGCUGAUGGUCAUGCUGUCCUGGGUGUCCUUCUGGAUCGACCGCAGGGCGGUCCCGGCCAGGGUCUCCUUAGGUAUAACCACGGUGUUGACCAUGUCCACCAUCAUCACUGGAGUCAACGCCUCCAUGCCCAGGGUGUCCUACAUCAAAGCUGUGGACAUUUACCUCUGGGUCAGUUUUGUUUUCGUCUUCCUGUCUGUGCUUGAGUAUGCAGCCGUCAACUAUCUGACGACGGUGAGGGACGGUAAAGACCGGAAGCUCAGAGAGAAGGUCAAGGAACAGUCCCAGACGCUGUCCUGUGCUUGUGGCAUGCCUCACAGCAAGACCAUGAUGCUGGAUGAGACGUACGUGGCGGACGCUAAGAGUCUGUCGGGCUACAUCAGAACCUCAGAGGGUUCUGAAGACAUCAUGGACAAUCAGGAGAGAAUGGUGGUGCACCUAGCUUUGGACAACGAGUCCACAGGGACCAGAAAGAACUGCCUUCAUGGCUUCUGCUUCAUCCAGAACACCCACGUCAUCGACACAUACUCUCGUAUAAUCUUCCCCGGCGCCUACAUCCUGUUUAACCUGAUCUACUGGUGUGUCUACUGCUGAGGGAGAACAUCCCAGCUCCAUCUGGUCUGUCAGCUGAGGAUCUACCAAACAGAACCUGAUCACACUGUUCCACAGCUGGUUCCUCGUGCUUCUCUCCCCAUCUUUACAACAAUAAAGUUCAAGCAAAGAGCUUGUGUGACUUUUGGAGUUCUGUCUCCGAUCUCCAGAGGUCCGAUGAUGUAACCGUCUCAUGUUUGCAUCCUGUUGGGUUUCUGUGACGUUCUCCAGAGUAGCUCUAGGCUCCGCUCUUGUUCUUCAGGUCUUCUCUCAUUCUAAGACAAGCAGAUGUGUGAGGUGAGACAAGCAUUUAUAGGUGUGAAGUAACUUCUGUGGAUUUAAUUGUGAUGUUCUGCUCCACAUCCUGCUGAUGGGACUGGCCUGUGGAGGAGGUUGAAUCAUUAGAACGUUCUGUGGAAUCAGGGUGCUUUAUUAGCUUGAAACUAAAGGUGGAGACAUGUCCGCUGUGUUUAUGGGCAGCACAAUAAUUACAUAUGAUUCAAUUAACUCUGUCUGAACAUCCACAAUUCCUGUCCAUAGGCUCGUAUUAUAAUUCAAUUCAAUUCAAUAUAAGUUUAUUUAUAAAGCGCCAAAUCACGACAAGAGUCGUCUCAAGGACCAUCACAUAAUAAACAUUCCAGUUCAGGUCAGUUCAUUAAGCCAAUCAGAAAUAAUGUUUCCUAUACAAGGAACCCAGCAAAUUGCAUCAAGUCACUGACUAGUGUCAGUGACUAUACAGCAUUCCUCAUACCAAGCAAGCAUGCAGCGACAGUGGAGAGGAAAACUCCCUUUUAACAGGAAGAAACCUCCAGAGAAUCCUGGCUCAGUAUAAGCAGCCAUCCUCCACGACUCACUGGAGAUGGAGAAGACAGAGCACACACACACACACACACACACACACACACACACACACACACACACACCAAGUAGCGUUUCUACGGUUACAUUGUGAUGUCUUAGUAAAUAUUCUAUAAGGUGAAAGAUAAACUUUAUUGUAUUUAUCCUAGUGGAUCUAUAAUUAAACGGGUAAACUAGUAGUAGCACAUCCAACGUCAAGGAAAGUAAAAAGUUAUUAUCAGGAGAGGGAGAAUGUUUAAGUGGUUAGCAGCAGUGUGCUAGACGAUGGCCCCCUCCAUGAGGCCACCACAGCUCAGCAGAACGUCGUAGCUUCUUCUGGGGAGAAAAACACUUACAGAGAAAACAAAGUUAACAGCUGAAGUAGCAGGAAAUAAUACAGUUAAAGAGCAGAUUGUAGAAGAAAGUAGUAGAGUGUGAAAAGUGGUCAGUGUAUCCUCCAGCAGUCUAAGCCUAUAGCAGCAUAACUACAGAGAUAACUCUGGAUAAUAUAUCCUAUUUAGAUGGAGGCAUGUUGGAGGCAGGGCAAGGGAGAGCCGUCUUUACCGACUGUACACUCCACCUCCCUCUACUCCCCCACUUGUCCAGAUUUAGGCUAACAUCAGAUUUUAACCAUAGGCCCCAUCAAAUAAAAAUGUUUUGAGCCUAUUCUUAAAAGUAGACAAAGUGUCUGCCUCACGGACUAAGGCUGGGAGCUGGUUCCACAGGAGAGGAGCCUGAUAACUAAAAGAUCUGCCUCCCAUCCUAAUUUUAGAUAUUCUGGGAACCACCAGUAGACCUGUAGUCUGAGAGCGAAGUGCUCGGUUAGGAACAUAUGGAACAAUCAGAUCACUGAUGUAUGAUGGAGCUUGAUUAUUAAGAGCUUUAUAUGUGAGAAGAAGGAUCUUAAAAUCUAUUCUGAAUUUAACAGGUAGCCAAUGUAGGGAAGCUAAGACAGGAGAGAUAUGAUCUCUCUUUUUAAUUCUCAUCAGAACUCUAGCUGCAGCAUUUUGGACAAGCUGAAGACGUUUAACUACAUUCUGUGGACUUCCUGAGAGUAAUGGAUUACAGUAAUCCAGUCUUGAUGUAAUAAAUGCAUGAACUAGUUUUUCAGCAUCACUCCUGGAAAGGAUGCUUCUAAUCUUAGCAAUAUUCCGAAGGUGGAAAAAGGAAAUCCUACAAACCUGUUCAACCUGGGAUUUGAAUGACAUGUCCUGGUCGAAGAUAACACCAAGGUUCCUUACUUUGUUCUCGGAGAUUAAUGUAAUGCCAUUCAGUUCAGGUGAUCGACUAAGCUAUUUGCUUGUUUCUGACACCAGCCCCCAGUGGAUGAGAGUGGAACUGCAAUUUUUGUCACUUCCUGUUUUGCUUCAUUUCCAGACCCGGAUUAUGGGGGCUUGGUCUGAACACGGAAAAUAAAAGCGUUUUGUUUCCAGAGAUAAAUGUGACUGAGGCAGGCUUUACUGAAGAAACACGGAUGAGUCGUGAUCUGCUUGUUAUUUACUAUGUUUAUUUAUUUAUUUAGCUUUUAUUUUGAAGGCUACAUUAGGAUCACAUGAGGGGCGUUGGUUAAUUCAAUAUUUUAAUUUAAUUCUGUCUGGUUCUCCCAGUUUGAUAAAAGCGUAAAACUAAACAUAUGAAAAACAAGGUCUUUCUUGGUUUUGGUGUCAGAUAAAAAAAAGAUUUUUCUCUUUUUGACUUUUUUUUAUCGUCGGUUGAAAGAACAAACAAAGAACUUCCUUCAAUCCUUCAAAAUAAGAGUCUUUAACAUGCACACAUACCUCAGGUCACCAUGGUCUGUUUCUGUUAUUACCUGGUAAAACUCAAACGGAUUAAUAAUCUUCAGAUGCUAAUACCUGAGUGGAGUACCUAGGAUUCCCCGUUCACGGGCCCAGCAGCCUUUCAACAGGUGGCACAAAACCCAGAAAAUGUUUUUAGAUUCAGUUUUGCUGAAAGAUUAUGAAAGAUCCAACGCUGAAACAAGAAUGUUUGUUUUCAGACACAAGAGCAUUUUCAUAAAAUUACAUCAAAGUUUUUUUUAUUCUGGCCCUGUUUUAUUUACCCACCUGACACAAACGAGGCCCAGAAUAAACAGAUCUUCAGCUAAAGCUUAAUGCAGAUGAGUUACCUAAGGCAUGAUCUCACCCAUUUGCCUCUAGAAACAGAACCUGCAUCUGACCUCAUGGCAUCAUCAUUCUGAACAGACUGUCAGACAUUCAGGUGUUAACUGGAAUGUUAAAUAAUGAGCAAACUGGAAAAUAAAGUUUCUGUUUGUCCUAAAAGCUCCUGGAGCCAAGCUAAACUGGUUAGCAAUGAUCCAGGGCCUUUCUAAUUACAGCGCUUCUAGUCUUUUCAUUUGAUAAAGAAAUGUGAUAUUUGUACAGCAUUUGAAUGUUUUGAUGAUGAAGUAAUUCCAGGCUUUUGAGGAUCCUAUCCAAGCAUUUAGGCUGGAGACCGUCUCAUUGGUCGUGUCCAUCAUGGACUGUCCUCCUGAGCUUUCUGGCUACGGAAGGUUUUAAUGACUCUGUAAUAAAAUUAUUGGUCUCCAGUUUUCAGUGAGAUGUUGGUCCUAUUGCUUUUCAAGGAUAAAUGUUUACAUGUUGGAUUUCUGUACUGAAGUCUGUGUGUAAGUUGUUAUUUGGAGAUCUUCAUAGGAAGCUCUGAGUUCCUGCAGCACCUGGACAUUUGUUAAGCUUUGGUUGAUCAAUAAAGUUUUCUGGGAUCUUC